AAAAAGUAGACCUUAGUUCUAGAAGUCAUACAAAGAAGGCCCUUAGCGCGAACAAAAUACGCUGUUCUUGCGUAGAAGACCACAGGAUAUCAAGCUCGGGAAUGUCUACUUAGUACACAACUCCAUUUAUAGUAGUCACUGAAAAAUAUGGUUCGUACUGCGACAGCCUCGCAGCAUUUUUAGCGUCACUCUGCCUCGCCUUCGCCUGAGAAAAGGUGUUGAGCGUUCUGAGAAAAGGUGUUGAUGUAUUUAAUUUUACAUAUGUCACAUCAGCUUCCCAGCCGAUAGUAAAGUAAUGACACAAAAAGUAAGUAAACCUUACACAACUCCAUUUAGUAGUCACUGAAAAAUAUGGUUCGUAUUCUGACGGAGCGCAGCAUUUUUAGCGUCACUCUGCCUCGCCUUCGCCUGACGUCGACACAUCAAAUAAUUUUGGCGUCUCUUGCGCACUUCCUAUUCAGCGGAGCAACGCGUGGCGUGCGCACAGUCUGAUCGGGAACAGAGUAGAAGCCACUGCACGAAGAGAAAUCAGUUCGAGCUGAAAACCGAUUCCGAAGGUGAUAUGACUUCUUGGUGGAGCUGGGACACUAUCCCUAAUUGACUGGUCUCUUCAGCACCAAAGAAACUUGUACUCAACAACCUGUGGCAGCUUCUGCGAGCCUCUAGUACCCCAGACCAAGAGCAGAACCUUCUAGCGUCUGUCUUAGUUCGUAGUGGACAGCAGCAAAGAUGACAGCCGCAAAGAUGUCCGUGUGUGACAUGUCGCCGGCUGAGUUGCGGCAGCAGGGGAAUGACUUCUUCAAGGAGAAAAAAUUUCAGAGUGCAGUUAGCUGUUACUCGCAGGCGUUGACGUUAAGGCCUUUUACAACCGAGAAUAGUAACAUGAGUCAAACCUAGUUGACGGCGUAAUUAUGUGCUCUCACUCUAAGUCCCGUAGCCGAAGCUUUGGGCAACAUCGACGAUCCAGCGGAGCUUGCAAAACUGUAUGCGAAUCGGGCGGCGGCUAGUGCAGGCCUCAACGACUGGGAAGCAGUCGAGCGAGAUGCAGAGGCAGCGAUUGAGGCGGACCCAAAAUUCGUAUCAUUUUACUUAUGAUGGUUGGCGAUUGGGAGUCGCUUGUGUAGCUUGUUCCUACAUCUUCGGGAUGCAUACUACACAAACUGCAUACUAGACAAACUGGUAGAAAUUAGUUAUGCAGACAACAACCCCGUAAACAACAAUCCCGCAAACAAAGUUAUAAACCCCACCCUUCCUCAAGCUCAAGCACGAUGUACCCCUAGAAUGGGUUUACUACUACUACUACUACUACAUAAUGCUGCAAACUGCAUCAAACGAAUGACACAGGUCAAAGGUUAUUUCCAUCUGCAACGGGCGCUGAAGAAACUGAAGAGGCCUGACGAAGCGCUGAGGGUGGUGGAAACAGCGCGAAAGUUGGCUCCAGAAAAUGAGGAUUUGAGGAUAGCCUACAACGUUAAGGCUGUACCUAAUACAUCUUUGGGCGCAUCCUUGAAACGUAUGGAGGAGUAUCCUAAUGGAAUACUACCCCAUACUUUUCAAGGAUGUACUUGAAAGAUGAAUUGCGGACAGCUCUAACAACGAGGCGAAGCGUUUGUGUAAGCGUUCAAUUGACGACUACGAGGUCGUCAAAGAGGUGGGAACCGGCAAUUACACGUCCAUUUGUAUCGCAAAAGAUUUGAAGAGCAAUGAAGAGGUACUAGAAUCUUUUCAGCAUAAGACAUCUCCUGGAGUUAUGUUUCUGCAUCCAUGUUUCUGCAGUGUCUCCUACAUGGACGCUGUGAUCGUUACAUCUCCUGGAAUUAUGUUUCUGCAUCCAUGUUUCUGCAGUGUCUCCUACAUUUUACCAUAAGACAUCUCCUGGAGUUAUGUUUCUGUAGGAAUCCUCUAGUCUCCCUACAUGGACGCUGUGAUCGUUUUUAAAUAGGAGAUGAGAAUGCAGCGGGGAUCUGAUCGUUACAGACCUCCCCCUCUACAUUCUCAUCUCCUACUUGUCUCUUCACAGUAAUACCUCCUCACAACUACAGGUGGCCUGCAAGAUGGCGGACAAGCACAAGGUCCAGCACAUGAAAAAGACGCACGAACUGCGUCGUGAGCGGCAUAUCCUAGAUCGCUGUACACACGAAAAUCUCAUCAAGUUGCAGGAGUACUUCGCGGACGAGAGCCAUAUCUACAUGAUUCUAGACUACUGUCGCGGAGAGCUUUUUGAGAUGGCUAAAAUGUGCGGUCUAGGCAGAAAUUUGAGCAGAUACUACCUGGCGCAGGUGUUUCUCAACUCUUUUUUGGGAGUUUGAAAAAUUGGUAGUUUGAAAAAAAAAGUUUGUUUUAACCAAAGAAGCUUGUCUUGGUAGUUUGGGCUCUAUUCUUCAAGAAUUCUGAAAUCAAGUGAUUAAUAUCCCGUUAACAAUAAAUCUGGCACGAUUGGUGCAAAAGCAAACUCCUACCACGUUAUGAAUUUAAUCACAAUCCAAAGACCACAAACUCCCACCACCAUUUAUUUCUGAGUUACCAAUCACCAAAAUGAAAACUAGAAAACGCUCACUACGACCAUUUUCAGGCACUAGCUGGCCUUUCCUAUCUGCACAGCAAGGAGAUUAUGCACCGGGACAUCAAGGCCGAAAAUACCCUGGUUUGUCACAGAACUGGACUAGUGAAGUUGAUCGACCUUGGAACCGGUAAGGACUUGAGGUAUCCAGAUUUGGACAAGGUAGUGGAGACAGGUCCUAUGCGUCGCAGCUUCGUCAACUACGUCGGAACACCGCAGUUCAUGUCUCCGGAAUGUACUGUUUAAAGGUCUUUUUACACUGCAGUUCAUCUCUCCGGAAUGUACUGUUUAUUAUACCUACACUGUUCAUACUUAUACUGCCGGAUAAAAUACUGAGGCCCGCAGAGAGAGCAGGACACCACAGCAGAGCCUUCUAGCAUGAGAGAACGAGUCAAUAGUCUCGGUUCCAGCAUGAGAGAACGAGUCAAUAGUCUCGGUUCCAGCAUGAGAGAACGAGUCAAUAGUCUCGGUUCCAGCAUGAGAGAACGAGUCAAUAGUCUCGGUUCCAGCAUGAGAGAACGAGUCAAUAGUCUCGGUUCCAGCAUGUAGUUCAUGUCUCCGGAAUGUACCUGCUUUGCGCUCCUCUUGAAUUACACUUUCGACGAACCCUAGUAUCACAAUUGCAAUAAUUUAAAGUAACGUGUACAAAACUUUUGUCACGAAUUCGAACUGUACACUACUAAUGAGGAAAUAGAUCCUCUAACAAAUAGACCUCUUGCCAGGCUGCUGCCUGGCACAUUAAUCAAUCAACCAAUCAAUCAACUACCAGUGCCGUUCUUUACAAAAACCGAUCAUUUUUACUCCAUAGAAAUACUGACUUUGAAAAGUCUCAAUCAAUCCGCUACCAGUACCGUUCUUUACAAAAACCGAUUUGAUUCUUCACAAAAACCGAGCUUUCUUUUUGACACCUUAGGUAUACGAAACGAGCUCUGUGGCUUUCCUUCCGAGUGUUGGAGUUUCGGCUGCCUCGUGUACCAGGUGGUUUACGGUAUACCGGCAUUCCAUGCGGGCAGUGAGUAUCUGGUGAUAUUGAUUAAGGAUAAGGUCAAUAAGUUUGGCUUUUCAAUGGCCCCGAAUGCUCACCUAAUUACCGGUGAGCCACUACUGAACUGAACUGAACAAGACAUUGCACUCUCCACAUGACAUCAUCCUUGACCUUUUACUUAGUUUUUUCAAGUGGGAAUCAAUAGGUCGAGGACGUCAAAAGGACUAUAUAAUCAAUAGGAAACCCUUUCUCUAAAUUAAGGGUGAUGAAGGAUGAUUUGGAGUUCCCUAGCGAAAUCCUGUACCCGGAGGUGAACGAUCUGGUGCGGCGUUGCUUGAAGAAGAAUCCAGCAGAGCGACUAACUUAAGAAUGAAUAGAGUCUUCGUCUCCGAUAAUUCUAAACAGAGGACGAUGAAUUCAUCUUCGUAGAGUCUGAAGGUUAAAUUUCCCCCUCACGACUCGGCUUUUCACUUCCGCGGCCGUCAUUCUUUUUCGGCGUUUUCAUAGUCGUGAAUGCUCACCUCCUCGAGGCGAGCCAGCUCCUAUCCUAUCCUACACACUGCUGGAACUGGUUUGUUCCGCCAAUAGGCUUCAAGUACUACAUGGGACACCAUGAUGAUGAAGGGACUGUAACUUUAUUAGUUCAUGACAACUUCAUAGAGUUGUCCUCACCCAAUUUCCCAUGCAAAACAGUCCCCCGGCUCACUACCUCGUGCUAGGUAAAUGAAUGAAUGAAUAGAGUCUGCGUCUCCGAUAAUUCUAGAAAGAGGACGAAUGUAUUAAAAGUCAGAUGAAUAAUUCUGAGAGAUUUUUUAGGUCGUGAAUUACGCUGAUUUAGAUCUGAGAAUUUCUGAGAUAAUAAUAGAUCAUGAAUUACUGUGAGGUGCGUUUCUAAUAGUUGUUGACGCAGAUCAAGAACCAUCCGUUUUUCGCUGGUGAGUUUGAGGCAGAAGACGUCGAAAACAUGGACGAGGAUGCGCAGGCCUACCUGCGAAAAAAGCGGGAGAGCGAAGCGAAUGGGGCUGUGGUAGGCAUGAAACUGCAGGACGUCCAAGAGGAGGACGUCCAAGAGGAGGACGCCCCAGCAAGCGAAAAACGAGCAAAAAUCGCGACUUUGGUAGAAGGCCAAGCGACGUCGAAGACAAAAUCACCAUCCGCAACAUCUUCUUCUUCUUCUGCUCUCCCGAACAAGAUGAAUGAGCAAAUAGGUGGUGCAUCUGGAAGUUCGUCCUCCACGACAAACCAAGAAAAUCUAAAUCCUCACGAAAACUUUAGGUACUUCGUGUGUAAGAAGAGCAUCACAUUGCCAGGAGGAGAGGUAAAGAAACGUAACCGACCCGUCUUGCCGCUGACGUGGCAUUGUUUGCGCGCAGUGUACGACCAGAAGAAUGAAAAGAACUUUUAAGGUCAACACUAUUAGUGUCAGUAGUGUCCAUCUUUGUUCUCGGCAUGACCUUGGUGUUUCCCUUUUUGUUCUCGGCAUGACCUUGGUGCUUCCCCUGUAUUUGUUUCCCUUUUAGGUAUUCUUUUCAGGGGAAAUACUUAAGUUGUAUCUAUAUGAUGUAUUCUUUUCAGGGGGGAAGAGAAGGUGUAUAUGUAUUCUUUUCAGGGGGGAAGAGAAGGGGGUCGAGAUGGGGGAGCCCCCGAGAUGAAUAAAUGCCGACUCUAAAACUUGUUCAAACUACGCGAAGAGCUACUGCCUGCUUGGAAACGGAAAAGAGAUGAACUCGAGAUGGGAGUAAGACGACUUCAUUCGCCAAGUGCUGGACCGUCCGCGAGUGGAAGACUAGCAAUGCCGGUCGACGCGACUACUUUGGAGGGUGCUUCUUCGUCUUCUCCGACGACAGGGGUAAACACAACUAGCCGUAGUUUAGGCAGCGCGGCGGGCACCUCUUGCUAUCCGCUAAAUUACACGACCAGCUCAAAUAUUAGACCUUCAACAACAGGAGCUUCCGAUGGAAACAUUCACCAGGGAGCGCAAGUAUUAAGGAUUACCACAUUGGUGCAUUCUUCACUACCAUCCUUGUGACUUUUUUUCCAGUAGGACGAAAAGGGUCAAGGAUGAUCUGAAGAAUGCAAUAUCGCAACCUCUAAUAGUAGAUGACGAUGUUGUCUACGACAGCUCAAUGACGCAGACGCCUAAUGGAGAAGGAACGUUAGCGAACUUGGUAGAGAGAGUAGAAAGCUAUUUGCAAGUCUCUGCCUGGGAGCGUGAAGUUCGACCGGGCCAGGGACCCUCGGCGAAGUUACAGCGUUUUAUGGAUGAGGAUGCGAAAAAAUUAGACGAUACGGAAAUGGCAGAACGAGCCGACAAGAAGGCCAGGAAAAACCGAAGGAAGCAAAAGCGGGUGAAAAGUUAAGGCUGCUCGUUUACAUGAUUCGUGAUUCGUAGCCAUUUUUCUACAUCGUAUACUACUUGAUUCGUAGUAGCCAUUUUUCUACGUUCAUAGCUUAAAAAAUCUGAUGAUCAUGAGUUUGAGUACCUAUUGCUGCUGACCUGACCUUCACGACAAGCGACCUUUACGACAAGCGUACCGAUUCUUUCAGAUAUAUCAUCGUAGAUGUAAAUAUUAUCAAUCUGAAUCUUAGAUGUAAAUAUCUGUAUAUAAUCUUAGAUGCCUAAGUAAAUAUUAUCAAUCUACUGUAGCUCUAAUCCAAAGCCGAAAAAGAGAGACGAUUGCAGACCUCAGACGACGAAAACAAUGGUCCCCUGUUGCCGAGGGAGCAGGACGAUCGUGCGAUCACCUCUUCCUCAGAUGACGCGGAGAGCGACGCCGACUUGAGUAGCGACACCUCGGAGGAGGAGGAAGAUGAUGCUAAGAUGAAUACAUCGACAGGUGAUGUUCGGAUGAAUACAUCGACAGGUGGUGGUGGUGGUGGUGAUCACGAUAUUAAGCAAGAAGAAGGGAAGACUACUAAUGGUGAUCAGGAGAAGCUUGAAGGCGACAAGAAGAGUCAAAGUGAUCACGGUAUUAAGCAAGAAGAAGGGAAGACUACUAGUCAAAGUCCUGAAAAGUCGAGUCUACAGAAAAGCCCAGACGCUAAGAUGGACGACGAGGAUGAUAUCGCGGUUGAAGUAAUAGAACAAGGUCCUAGGGCGUAAUCACCAUCAACGAAACUAUAGUUGAUGGGGAGGAUGAUCAGCAAAAGUUUAAGUUUUUUCAAGUCAAAUUUUGCGUGUGAAAAAAAAAGAACCAUUUUUCCGCCACCUAGAUCCUCCACGUUCUUCUUGAGGGUACCAUUAUAUAGCCCCAUGAAUUGAUGUCGACUUCCCAUGCGACAAAAAGUUCUUUUCACUGGUGCUUCGUUCGCGUGCCGCAUCUUUGACACGGUAGAACAAUACUGGAGUGCCUUUAGGAGCACUUGUCAUUG